GUUUUUUCAUUUUCGUUUUUAAAUUUCUCAGAGUCAGUGACCAGAAAUCGAAGCUCAGAGAUUUGCCCCCAUCCAAGGGAGAGAGGAGUGAGUGUUAGAGUUCAAAAGGCCUUGCCUUUUUAAGCUUUCAAAUCCAAGGAUUAGGGCUCCUAAAUUUCUCCUUCUAUCAUCCAAGUGCAAGUGGAUUUUCAAGUGAAGCAAAAAGGUUGCUUUUGUUGCAACUUCUGCAUUAGAUUGGGUUGCGAAUGGGUGAAGAAGAAAUGGCAAACCAAGUUUCUGAGGUAGUUGAAAAUGGGACUAUUGCACCAGAGAAAUCUGGAAAUGUUGUGACAAAGAAAAUGGAAGAGGGAAGUAGUGAAUUGAAAGCAAUGAAUGUAGAUAAAGUUGAUAAUGAGAAAGCUGAGGCUGAGAAGAUGGAUGAAGACCCUAAGGUGAAUGAAGAAAAGGAAUGCAAAGAAGAUGAAGAAAAUGUAAAGGAGGAACCCAAAACUAUACUGGAAGAAAAAACUGAACAAGUGGAAGAAGAAAAUGGGUCAAAAGGAGAUGCAGAGGUUGAGGAAAAGGAGGAAAGCAAAGAAGAGGUGGAGGUGAAGGGGGAUGGGUCAGAAGAGAAAGAAGAGAAUGAAGAAAAAGGAGUAAAGAAACGUAGGAGAGGGAGGAGUGGUGGGGAUAAAGUAGAGAAGAAGAAAGUAAUGGAAGAGAAGAAGGAGUCAGAGCCAAGGACUCCUGCCUCUGACAGGCCACAGCGGGAGCGGAAAUCUGUUGAAAGACUGGUGGCAACUGUUGAGAAAGAUGCAACCAAGGAAUUCCACAUUGAAAAGGGUUCUGGUACCCCACUGAAAGAUAUACCUAAUGUUGCAUUCAAGUUAUCCAGAAGGAAGACUGAUGAUACCUUUAAGCUGCUUCAUACAAUUCUCUUUGGGAGGAGAGGGAAGGCAAUUCAAAUCAAGAGUAAUAUAUCCCGGUUCUCUGGUUUUGUGUGGCAUGAAAAUGAGGAAAAGCAAAAGAUUAAAGUAAAAGAAAAAUUUGACAAGUGUAAUAAAGAAAAAUUGCUAGAAUUUUGUGAUAUGCUUGACAUACCAGUUGCCAAGGCAGCUACAAAGAAGGAAGAUAUCAUAGCAAAGUUGAUAGACUUUUUGGUAGCUCCUCAUGCUACAACUGCUGUGCUACUUGCAGAAAAAGAAAAGGAAAGUAAGAGCAAAAAGCGCAAGAGGGUGACCAAAAGCUCAACCUCUGGGAGAGUGUCUUCAAGACGUUCAGCAAAGAGUCUGAAAAAGGUAGAUACUUCAAAAACUGAUACGAAAGACGCAACUGAUACAGAAGAUGAGUCAGAAGAAGAAAAAGUAGAGGAAGAGGAGGAGGAAGAAACUGCAGAAGAGGAAAAUGAGAAUGGUCAUCCAGAGAAAUCUGAUGCCGAUAUACCUGAGCAUUCUGAUGAGGAAAAUGAGUCAGAAGAGGAAUCUGGAGAAGAUGUUGGUAAACACAAAACAAGCUCAAAAGCAUCUAGAAAAGAGGCUUCUGGAAAAGCUAAUGCCAAGAAGCUUACGAUUUCAAAUAAAUGUAGCCCUCCACCAAAACGAACAUCCAAAAAAUCUUUAUCAAAACCCCCAGAAGAGGAUGAUUAUAGUGAUGCAAGUCCAAAGGUUUUCUCGAGGAAGAAGAAAAAUGAAAAAUUAGUGAAGGAGAAGUCGUCAAAAUCUCCUUCCAGGGAGAGAACAGGUAAAAAGGCUGUGAAAGGGAAGGAGCAGGCUAAAGUCAAAGAAGAGAAAUUGAAGCCAACUGAUGAUGAGCUUAGUGUUGCAAUAUGCGAAAUUCUCAAGGAGGUGGAUUUUAACACGGCUACAUUCACAGACAUUCUGAAGCAACUUGCUAAGCGAUUUGACGCUGAUCUCACUCAAAGGAAGUCAUCUAUAAAACUAAUGAUUCAAGAAGAACUCACCAAACUAGCUGAUGAAGCUGAUGAUGAAGAUGGAGACGGUGACGCAGAGAAAGAUGAAAACCAAUCUGCUGGUAAAGAGGUUGAAGCUUGAAGACUUGUAUCAUGAAUUAAAUAGUGUAGCUAAAUGUGCUGAUCUUAUCUCAGUAGUUCCCACCCAGUUGUGCACACAUGUAUUGCUUAGUUUGUGAGAAAAGUCAUCUAUGUAAUUUCCCGUUAGUGUUUAAUUUAAUGGCAGAGCGGCAAAGCUAUUAGGAAAUGUAGGGCGGGUGAAACUAUUCAGAGCUGUAAUGCAGGAUGGAAACUCAUGUGUACACAACAACAUAAAUAUGUAGUUUUCGAUUAAACAAGGAUUUUAAACAUUUUGUUCCUUUA